UGACAAUGACAUUAGCUUAUAGCUGAUAGCUUGGUUUCAAGUAAGAAGUUUACAUCACAUAUCAUGGUAAGAUCGCAUUUAUACAGGUAAAAACGCUUAUCAUUCUAUUGGUUUCUUACAAUUGAUCAAAUUAAAAGUAUGGAGAAGAGCACAAUAUGGAAAUUUUUUGACGAAUGUUUGGACGAUUAUACAUUAUUAGUUCCGAGUGUUGCUGUUGGAAAUGUUAGUCAACUUGCAUGUGACUUACUCAUUUCUUCACUGAGUAUGGUGAAAAUAGGAUCAGUUUAUACUACAGCUCAAAUCCCGGUCAUCGGAUACGAUCCAUACAAUUUAAAAUCCGAAAAUCUUUCAACAUCCUGUGAAAUUUACAAGUCAGAUACUAAAAAAAUUUGCAUCUUACAAAUAAGAUCUCCACUGAUUUAUAAAUAUGCAAAACAAUUUCUUGAAGAGGUAAUAGAGACAUUUAAUAAAAAGAACAUUAAGGAUGUGAUUAUUUUAACUAGCAGUUACGCUCAUGAAAAGAAACAUAUACUUACAUCAUCGUUUAGGUAUGUAGUUAACGAAGGAAAUCCUUACACGGAGAAGAUGAAAAUUGAAGAUAUUGAAAAGUUUAAAUAUGAUGGUGAUUUAAAAAUUUUAGGAGGAGGUUUUGCAUCGCUUCUAUACAAAAUAUGCCUUGAAAAGAGUUUGUCAUGUCUAAUAUUAUUUAAAUACUGUUCAGAAGGAGAUAAUAUACCUGAUGCAUAUGAUAUGGUUAGCAAAUUAAUAAAAGUGCUUCCUUUGUUUCCUGAAAACAAAGAUCUGUUCUCUCAGCUAGUACAGCCAGUUUCAUGGAGAUUGCUUUUCGGUAGACCGCCACCUCAAGAUAUUUACUGAAUAUAUGUUUUUUAAUUUUUUUAA